CUUUCCGCUCAUACGGACGCCAUUAGUGGGCGAGUCCUACAUGUACCGUCGUGUUCGUGAACGAUGGGGAAAUAACGAUCGAUUUCCACAUGAGUUUUCACCAGUUUAGGAGAUAAAGACUGCCUUAAUUAUAAUCUUUAGUACUGUUAGAGAGUUGAGUAAUAAAGUGGAACCUGGAGGUUGUACAAGAUGAUGCAAGCACAGGAUUGGAGGAUAACAGCGGAAGAUCGGGCCAAACAUGACGCCCAGUUCUAUCAACUCAAGCCAGUCAGUGGCUUUAUCACAGGAGAGCAGGCUAGAGGGUUCUUCCUUCAGUCUGGUCUCGCCAAGAACGUCUUGGGUCACAUAUGGAACCUUGCGGACAUGAACGGCGAUGGCAAGAUGGACCAGCAGGAAUUCUCCAUCGCUAUGUACCUCAUCAAGAAGAAACUACAAGGGGCGGAGCUUCCUAACACCCUCCCACUGUCACUCAAGCAACAACCUAGUCCUAGUAUGGGUGGAGGGUUUGGCAACUCCUUCUCUAUGGGUAUGAGUACUGGCGUAGCACCCAUACAGUCAUCAGUCAGUAUGGGCACCAUGGGAGGCAUGGGUACCAUGCAACCUAUGACGGGUUCCGUAGCGCCAGGGCAAGGGGGGUUUAACACCCUACCCAGCAGGAGUAGCCCCAUGUCGCUAUCAGGAAUGACCAUGGGUACAUCUGGCCAGAUGCUUGGACAGUCUGGUGCCGGUGGUUUCCAAGGAGUCGCGCGGUCUGCUACCCUGCCUCACACAGCUACCCAGCCAGUACAUUCAUCUCCAGAAAGGUCAGCCUCCAUGACCUCAGGUCCUGAGUGGUCCAUUCCUCACGGCUCCAAACUACGCUACAAACAGACUUUCAAUACUAACGAUAAAACACGCAGCGGGUUUCUGACUGGACCCCAGGCAAGACAGAUACUCAUGCAGACGGGUCUACCGCAGGGUAUCCUGGCUCAGAUAUGGGGUCUAUCUGACAUCGACAACGAUGGUAGACUGACUCAAGAUGAGUUCUGCGUGGCCAUGUAUCUUGCCGAUAUGUCCAAGUCGGGUCAGACUCUCCCAGCUACCCUCCCAAUGCACUUAGUACCUCCAUCCUUCCGUAGAGGCAGAUCAGGGAGCAACACGGCCUCCAGCAUGGGACAGAGCAUGGGGUCUGCCAUGGCCCCCAGUGUGGGCCCCAUGGCUCCUAGUAUUGCACCCAUGCAGCAAGCCAUGGGGUCAAUGCCUGCAUCUAUGAUGGGUAUGGGUACCAUGCCACCAUCGGGUGGGAUGAUGGUGAUGCCCAUGGCAACGCCGAUGUCACCUGGGUUGCCACAGCAACAGAGUCUGGAUGAACUGGCGCCACCUGAAGAACUACUAGGACCAGUGUCUUUUGAGGACAAGAAGAAAAAGAAUUUUGAGAAGGGACAGAUGGAGUUGGAGAGGAGACGAGCGAUGCUGAGAGAAGAGCAACAACGAGAGAAGGAUCGUCAACUUCAAAUUGAGAAGCAGGAACAAGAAAAGAAGGAAAGGAUAAGGAUGGAACAGGAGAGGCGGCGGCAGAUGGAGCUCGACAAGAUGAUGGCACGGCAACGGGAGUUGGAGGCAGAGCAAGAGGCCCAACGACUCAAGAUGAUUGAGCAGAGAGAGACUGCUAGACGUGAGUUAGAGAGGCAACGUCAGCUUGAGAUCCAGCGACAGCGACGUCAAGAGCUUGAAGCUCAGAGGAUACGACAUCAAGAAGACGUCUGUCAUCUCAAGUCAAAGAGCAAGACGUUGGGCUGUGAACUGGAGACACUGGAGGAUAAGAAGAACAGUUUGAACAAACAGCUGAGUGAUUCUAAGAACAUCGUGACUGAGCAUCAUACCACCAUCAUCCUAAUGGGACAGACACGGGAUGUCAAGGUGGCCGAGAUUGACAAACUGCAAAAAGCCAUCCAAGAACAAAGACAAGUCAAGCAGAAUUUGGACAGGCAGAAAGAUGUCAUCACAGAUAAGGCCAAGAAACUUGGCAUUGAUAGUCAUGCCACUGAGAAUUACCGUACGGUCAUGCACAGCUUCAACACCAAGAAGACCACAGUAGAACGGCUACGAGAACAACUCAAGCAACACGAAAAUGCCAUGGAAUCCACAUUGCUGGAAGUCGAUGCCAGAAAUAUCAAAAUAACCGAGCUCAAGGAACAAAUUCCCAAAGAGCAAGCGGAGUUGGAUCGUUUGACGACGCUACAGCAGCAGAAACAGCAGCACCAGCAUCAAGCUACAGCUGAUAGUAAGAGAAUGCAGCAACUAGCAGCGGAGAAUGAGAAAAAGAUGAAACUCGCUGCUGAGCAGCAACGAAUCAGGGAAGAGAAUCAGCGGAAACUGAAGGAGGAAGAAGAGCGACGUAAGAAGGAGCAGGUGAGACUAGCUCAGCAGAAAGCAGAGCAAGAAGCUGAGAGGAAGAGACUUGAAGAAGACAAGAAGAAGACACAGGCUGCUCCGGCUGUCGAUCUCUUUGCUAGUUUUGGAAGCAGUGCAGAUGAUCCAUUUGCCAAAGUCUCUGCUGUUGAAAACACAUCGGCAGCCAAGUCAUUGGACCCUGCGGAUCCCUUCGCUGCAUUUUCAGGUUCCCCCGCUACUGUCAAGGUCUCAACAGAUAAGGAAGAUCCUUUUGGAGCCUUUGCAGAUUUUUCCAAUGCAACGUUUGACUUUGGGUCAAGUAAGGAAACCCAGAAAUCAAUCUCCCAGCCCAGUGCAGCACCAAAGCCAGAGCCAGCUCCCAAACCAUCGCAGCCAUCAACCAACGUCACUCUCUCAACGUCUGCAGUCAGCGCAUCCAUCGCACAAACCACCAAAGCCACGAAACCGCCGGUAAUUGCACCCAAGCCCAGUAUUAAUCAUGAUAGCGGGGUACCGACUAAGUCACCGGUGAUGAAGAUGUCUGGCCUGUUGUUUAUGCGUUACAAAGCGCUGUAUCCUUUCCAGGCAGAGACGCCCGAAGAAUUGACCAUCAAUCCUGGAGAUAUUAUCAUGGUGGGUAAUAGUGAGAAUGCAGAGCCUGGUUGGCUCGGCGGGGAACUCAACGGCAAGACGGGAUGGUUCCCUGAGAACUACGCAGAGAGAAUAGAUGACGAAGAGGUCAAACCAAGCAAUGACUUAGGAUGGGCUAGCUUUGGGGAUUCAAGUAGCAACAAACAGACGGAGGUGGUCAAAUCAGAAACUACAUCUUCCACAGAGUCAGCUUCAGCUUCCUCUGCAUUCAGUCAUCCAGUCAAGUCAUCCCCCUUCGCCCAUGUGACUCCCUCAACAGCCAUUCAGCCGGCCCCGUCACCCACGCCUACACCAGGACAGGGCAAGAUAUUACAAGACGGCGUGAAGGCCGAAGCCCUGUAUGACUGGGAUGCUAAGAAAGAUAACCACUUAUCCUUCAAGAAAGGCGAUGUCUUGAUGCUGAAGGAGCAGCAAGAUAUGUGGUGGCUAGGCGAACUGAAUGGCAAACAAGGAUGGUUCCCUAAGACGCAGGUCAAGCAACUACCUGAGGACAAACCAGCUGCAGCUGCAGCAGCAGCAUCAACGGAAGCAUCCUUCCCUGUAGCAACAGGCUCUGUGGCAGCCAUUGCAUCGUCGCUGUUUGGAAAUACUACAUUCACAACGACGGCCACUGUGAAGCCAGCCGUCUCCCCAACGCCCAUGGCUUUCCAACCCCAGCAGGGCGAGGAAUACGUUGCAUUGUAUCAGCACACUUCCAGUGAGCCCGGGGAUUUGCAAUUCUCAGCCGGCGAAACCAUCCUGGUCACUAAGAAGGAUGGUGAUUGGUUGACUGGAACAAUAGGGGACAGACAAGGCAUCUUUCCAGCCAAUAUCGUCCAGCCAAAGGGCAGUGCCACGGCCCAACCAACAGAACCUGCUGUCAACUCAUUUGAACCUUCAUCCGUCAAACAAUCCACUUCCUCUGCCAUCCAGUCCAUGGAUGAAGUGGUGACCAAAUUCCCUUACACCUCAGACCAACCUGGCGAUCUGAAUUUUGAAGCCGGCCAGACCAUCGUUGUUACUAAAAAGGAUGGUGAUUGGUGGACGGGCAGGCUAGGAGACAGGGAAGGCAUCUUUCCAGCCAAUUACGUCAAUCCUAAGGAAGGCGGAGGAGGAGACAAGCCUGUUACCAUAACGACGCCUCCAGUAGUUGCCGUGACGCCGGAUGACACAGCAGAGAAGACGGCAUCACUCACUCGCAAACCAGAGAUAGCUCGCGUCAUUGCUCCAUAUACAGCCACCUCCGCCGAGCAGUUGAGUCUGUCGCUUGGUCAGUUGAUUGGUGUCAGGAAAAAGAAUCCAAGUGGUUGGUGGGAAGGUGAACUUCAGGCACGUGGUAAGAAGAAACAGAUUGGAUGGUUCCCUGCCAACUAUGUGCAGUUAAUGGGUAGUGGUGGAAGCACACCAACCGACUCGGCCCCCGCAUCCAUCCAGGCAUCGAUGGCUGUCCCCACACAGGGGACAGACAGAGCCACAACACCGACAACGCCCACACCUGAUGGAACCUGUCAGGUGAUCACGUUGUACCCCUAUGUCAAGCAGAAUGACGAUGAGCUCUCAUUCCAGAAGGGAAUCGUGGUCAACGUCAUCAGUAAAGAAGACAAGGAUUGGUGGAAAGGAGAACUGAACGGGGCAACAGGAGUCUUCCCUUCCAAUUAUGUACAGGAACUCAGUGAAUCUGGACCGGCCAGCAAAGUCAACUGGACGAAGGAUCUUCAUUUGUUGGAGUCGACGGCACCGAUGGAGAGACAUCGACAAGAAAGCAUCCAUGAACUGAUCAAUACUGAGCAGACUUAUGUCGAUGAUCUUGUCUUAGCAAUAGAGGUUUUUCAGAAGCCGUUAAGUGAGUCGGGAAAGCUAGACGUUCAAGAGAUAUCCAGGAUCUUUGUCAAUUGGAGAGAAAUCAUUCAGUGCAAUAAUAAGCUACUAAAGUCUUUGAGGGUUCGUAAGAAGAUGUCUGGUGAAGGACAGCUAAUCCACAUGAUUGGAGACAUUUUGUGUGAACAGCUUCCUCGUAUGACAGCCUAUAUCCGGUUCUGUAGUUGUCAGCUCAAUGCAUCCAGUUUGCUUCAACAGAGGAUAGACAGUGACCCAGAAUUUAAAGAAUACGUUAAGAAACUAGCUCAGGAUCCUCGAGUCAAAGGCAUGCCAGUCAGUAGUUAUCUCAUCAAGCCCAUGCAGCGAAUAACUCGCUAUCCUCUGCUCAUUAAAAAGAUACUGAAAUACACCGCAGAGACACACCCUGAUCACGCCACUAUACGAGCUGCUCUGGAGAAAGCUGAAGAGUUGUGUCAACAGGUCAACGAAGGAGUCAGAGAAAAGGAGAACUCGGAUAGACUCGAGUGGCUACAGGUGCAUGUAGAUUGCCCUGGAUUAGCAGAGGAGCUGAUUUUCAAUUCGCUGACCAACUGCCUUGGGCCGAGGAAAUAUGUGCACUCUGGAAAACUACAAAAGACUAAGAGUAACAAGGAGUUGUUUGCAUUUCUCUUCAAUGAUUUCCUGCUGUUCACGCAGCCUGUCAAGCCAGGCUUGCUGCCAUUUGUUGCUUCAAACAGUAAACGCACGGUGGAAUAUCGCAUGUAUAGACAACCUCUGUUUCUGAAUGAAGUGGAUGUCAAGUCGGCAAGUGACGCUGGAACCAAUGAUUUUGUCUUCAACAUCAACCACAUUGACAAAGUGUACUCGCUGCGUGGGGAGAGCACCAACGAUAAGAAUCGCUGGAUGGACAAGAUCCAAGCAGCGUCUAAGAAUUACAUCGAGACAGAGAAGAAGAAGAGAGAGAAACUACAGAGAGUCCGUUCCAUGAGAAGUAAAGGAGUUGGAAGACUGUUGGUCGUCAUUAUCGAAGGUCAUGACCUCAAACCGUCCAAUAAUAUUACAGGACGAGCUGAUCCCUAUUGUGAGGUGCGUAUGGGAUCUCAAGAACACCGUACCCGAGUGGUUCCAGAUACCCUCAGACCAGUCUGGGAUGCUUCCAUGCAGUUUACUGUCAAAGACUUGCAGCAGGACGUCUUGUGUAUCACGGUGUACGAUAGGGACCUCUUCUCACCAAACGACUUUCUCGGCAGGACUGAAGUGCGAGUUGCCGAUGUCAUUAAGGAAAGGAAAGGCCGAGAGCCCCUCAACAAACAGCUACUUCUCCAUGAAGUCUCCACUGGUGAAGUCCUCGUUAAGUUGGACUUACAUCUUUACGAUCAGUCAACUUGUUGAUGUCAUUUAUCCGCCCACCUCCUACUUGAAAAAAAGUUUACUGUUGAGGUUGCGGCUAAUCUGACUCGCAUCCCUCAAAUCUCCCCAAGCCAAUCAGAUUAUCAGAACCAAAUGACUGAUUCACAAUGUACAAAUGCAUUUUUAUUUCGCCAAUAGAAGUCUCUCAAAAAUAAAAAAAUGUAGUGAAAACAUUAACCAUGUAGAAAUUACCGUGAACAUGCUGUUCUUGCCAAUGUUGAAGGCUUUGGUUUGAAAUUAUUCCAGGAAAUAUCUGAUCAGACAUUGACUUUAAUAUAUCAUCAUUAGGACUCCAAAGAAGUCUUAUACUCUGAUGAGCUGGAAAACAUUUUUCUGAUUGUUUUUACAAACUUGACACAUGACCAUUCCUGACCAAUGAGAUCAGAGUACCUAAAAUACAAUAUUCCAUUUGGGUUGAGCAUAGCUUUGUUAACUAAUUACGCACAUGUACGUAUAAACAGAUGGUUAUUUAUUUAUGAAUAUUUAAUCCCAAAUUAUUUUGUCUCUUUUUUCGUGGGAUUUAAGCGUUGUUGUGGCUGCAGUUGUGUAGUCCAUUGAAAUUCCAUCCGUGUUGUGUAUACCCCACAUAUGCUUAAUACUUAUUAAACGUGUAUCUUCAGUAUAAGAUGUAGAGAGUUGGACAUGUUUAUCAUGUAUCUCAGUUGUAUGGAUCAAAUGAAAAGUCGUCAGUGUUAGGCACCAGGGUGUUCUUAUUAUAAACUCAAUCAAUGUUGCAAGGCUUGCAGGCUCUUUUCUUGCCUUCUAGGUCUUUGCAACUUUGAACCGUUUUUUGUUUUUCAGAUCAGAGUAACAGUUAUUUCUUCAUAUUUUUCCAUAUAACAAAAUAGAAUUAAUUUGUCCAAUGUGAAGUUGAUUGAAAUACACAGAUUUGUACAUACAGCUGCAUAAUUCAAUGUACAAUAGUUCCUCGGUACUUAUUUUUCUAGAUCAAGGCUUCCGAACCUAAGAUGAGUAAACGUAAUUGGACCAAAACUUGUGGCUUCAGUAAUAGACCGAGUAUUUUGUGAUAAAAUUAGGAACGUCAGUUAUGCCAAUGUUUAUCAAUCAAGUCUUAUUUUCCUGAUUGUUAAAAAAUUAUUUUGGGGUAAUUGUAAGGGCCUUUCAUUAACAACAAACCAAAUUUAAUGUUCAAAACCUUUGCAUCUCUCUGUGUGAAGGAAUAAACUCUUUUUGAAAUUUGAUUUGUAAAUUUUCAACAAUUUAGAAAUUUUCUGUGAUCAGUUUUAACGGAAAAAUUGCAAAAUUACAAAGAAGCCAAGGAACGCACAUUUAACAUAUAGGUUGUUCUUGUCUGUAAUAAACUAUUUGAAGUAAUGGCAAUGUAAAGGCUUUUUACUU